AGCAGCCAGCCAACGACAUCUCAGCGACAUCCGACAUGUCGAUGCUCACCCCCAACGCUUGCAUCGACAUGUGCUACGGCGAGAAGCCGACGCGACCGGUGGUUCAGCUCGUGGACGUGCGGCUGCAGGGCAAGAACAACAAGGGCGUGAUGUCGGACGGUGAGACCACCUUCUUCGCCGUCUUCAACUCCGCCGUCGCCAAGAUGUUUCGCUCCGAGAGCAACCCUGACGGCCAGGUCGAGCUCUACUCUGCCGUGCGGCUCACCGACUACACGAUCUCGACGAUCUCUGCCGAGACGCGCGUCGCCAUCGUGAUGGGCAUGGAGAUGAACGAGAGCCAGCCCGAGGGCAAGAUCGGCGAUCCCGUCUCGGCCAAGGACAAGGGCAAGCCCGAGCCGGCAGAGCUCCCGGCCGCGACGCCGUCCAAGGGCCCUUCGCCCGGCGGCCACUCCAACACCACGCCGGAGUCGUCGCAGCAGAGCCGCGUUGCCCCCGCCGGCUUCGCGCCCAAGCCGGCGGCGCGCGCGAGCGAGCCCGCGGCGCCCGGCCGGCCGACCCCGAUCGAGGCGCUCAACCCCUACUCUCGCACGUGGACCGUCCGCGCAAAGGUGACGGAGAACGGCGAGCUGCGCUCAAUCACGACCAAGGCGGGCGAGACGAUGUCCGUGUGGGAGAUGGUCAUCGCGGACGAGUCGGGCGAGAUCAAGUGCACCGCGUGGCGCGCGGACGCGGAGCGCUUCGCGCGCAUCGCCGAGCUGGGGAGCACCUACCUCGUCUCGCGCGGCCAGAUCAAGAUUGCAAACAAGCGGUACUCGUCGACGGCAAACAACUACGAGAUCACGCUCGGAGCCGACUCGGCGAUGGUCAAGCAGGACGUCGAGCUCAAGACCUUCACGCCGACGUACCACUUCGACUUCACGCCGAUCGCCGACCUCUCCGCCAAGCCCGCCAACUCGACCGUCGACGUGAUUGGCUCUGUGACUGAGGUUGGGCCGGUGCAGAACAUCGUCUCCAAGGCGGGCAGGGAGCUCGUCAAGCGCGUCAUCAACCUGAGCGACGACUCGAACGCGGCCAUCGAGGUGACGCUGUGGGGGAAGAGCGCCGAGACCUUCGCCGAGGACGCCGCCGCCACCGCCGCGGUCGUCGCCUUCAAGGGGCUCGUCGUGUCCGAGUGGAACACGCGCUCGCUCGGCGCCGUCCGCUCGACAAAGAUCCAGAUGGACCCCGACCUGCCGCAGGCGAAGCGGGUCAAGGCGUGGGCCGACACGGGCGCCGCCUCGGCAGCCACGUCGCUCUCCAUCAACACCAGCGGCGGCGGCAGCGGCGGCGGCGGCGCCUCGAUGGCGGACGAUCUGGCGGAGCUCCUCGGCUUGCCGCCGUCCAAGAUCCCGGAGAAGGGUGCGUACGCCACCGUGGGAGGCUACAUCUCGCGGAUUCUCACCUCGAAGGGCGGCGGCGGCGGCGGGCCCGCCGAGGAGAGGCCGAUCUGGUACUCGGCGUGCCCGAAGUGCAACAAGAAGGCGAUCGGCGAGUACGGCGCCGGCUGGAGCUGCGAGUCGUGCGGCUGGUCGGGCGACGCGUGCACGCACCGGUACAUCGUCGCCGUGCAGCUGAUUGACGCGUCCGGCACGUCCUACGCCACCGCCUACCAGGAGCAGGCCAUCGCCAUCUUCGGCAAGACCGCAGACGAGCUCAAGGCGAUCAAGGACGCGGACCAGAGCGCGUUCGAGGCGGAGUGCAGCUCGGUGCUCUUCAAGCGGCGCACCUUCCGCCUCAGGGCAAAGAUCGAGACGUACCAGGGCGUCGACCGCACAAAAGUGGGCGUCGUCAACUCGACGCCCACAACGCCGAUCACCGAGGGGAAGCGCAUGCUCGCCGACAUCAUGAAGUACGACCUGCCAGAGCCGCCCGCCCCCGAGCCGUCAGCUACGCCCGACGAGCCCAUGCCGCAAGCGGCCGCCGACGGCGAGGCUGCGGAGCCGGCCGCCGUAGAGGCUUGA